GUAUGUGAUCCGAAGAGUCUUCUCUACGUAUACGGCAUGCAAUUAGAUUUCAGUGAUGCGUUAAUCGGAGGCGGAUUCUCAUUCAAAAAUCCCAACGCCACAAAAACUUGCGGCUGUGGGAAAUCUUUUGCUGCUGGUGCUGCUGCUGCUGAAAACACACAACUGACAGAAACUCUUAACCAUUGUGGUUUGUAAAGAAACAUUGUGGUGAAAGAUUAAGGGUUUAGUUAUGGUUUAUAUCCAGCUAUUGCAUUGCAUGCAUGUGGGAGAUUGAUUGAUGUAACAAAAGUGUGGAAUCCGUUUGGAAGCUUGUUUUAAUGAAUGCUUAUAGUAAAUACUGUUUGGCUGCUAAGAUCAGCCAUCUCUGCUGCAUUUCCCCAA